UAUUUGGUUCCACUAGGUGGCAAAUUAGUGAAUUUGUGAAAUUAGUGUAAAUAAAUAUCAUUAACAAGAUCCGUCUAAUGUUAAAAUGUUUCAAAAAAAAAAAACACGAAAGCAGCCAAAAACUUGUUAAAAUACUUGCUUUCUUGACUGGGGAUGGGGGUCGGAGUGGAAGGUGGGAGGCUCCCUUCAGCAACAACCCCAGGGUGCUGGAUAGAAAUCCAGGACUUCUACAAAUCAGCACUUGAACCUGUUGAGUGAUCGAUUUCCCUGGUUCAAAUACUUGAUGGACAUAAGAUUUCUGGGUAGUAAAACUUAGACACAAAAUAAGAAAUUUCAUGAAUAAAAGCAAAGGAAUUUUGUAAAUGCAGGUAUAUAAACAAAGAUACAUUAAAAAAAAAAAGCCAAAGGAAGUAGAUAGUCGGAUUCAUAUUUUGUUAAUUUUAUUCUUAGUGAAGUGGAGAUGUUUCCCUGUUCCGCUAGAGUCAUCCUUGUUCCAGGCUCUUCCUAAUUCCUGCUGCCGGAGAAAAUCCACUUCUCCAGAAGUGACACCAAAUGCUGAUGCUUGUGAUGAAAAGACAAAAGCAUCUGAAAAAGCACUUGACCAGCUCUUCUCUUCAGAACAGCAAACUUCCAUCUUGCAUGUACUGAAUACAGCAUCUAAUAAAGAACUUGAAGCUUUCAGACUGCUUCGUGGAAGAAAGUCUACCAAUAUUGUAGCACACAGAGAAAAGUUUGGGCCAUUUCAGAAUUUGGAGAGUAUAAUGAAUGUGCCCUUGUUCCAGUAUAAAACUACCGUUCAAGUGUGUAACUCGAUUCUUUGUCCAGGGACUAGAGGGAAGAAAAAACAGUCACAGGAAAACCGACUUUUGAAGAAGCUCAUCAAGCCUGAUAUAGAACUAGAAAGACUUAAGGCAAUCAAUAGUAUCGUAUCCAUUGUUUAUGGUACUCGAAAAAUUGCCUGGGCUCACCUUGACCGUAAAUUAUCAGUUUUGGACUGGCAGCAAAAUGAAUGUUGCCGAUUGGUUAAAGGAACAUACCCGACAUCGAACUACUUUGAAAAGAUUUCUUCCAUCAUUACAAAGAUGCCUAGAGCGGACUUUUAUAUUCUGGAAAAAAUUGGAAUUUCCAUUCAGAACUCAACUCUGUUCCCUAUCCUACUACACUUCCACAUCAUAGAAGCCAUGCUGUAUGCCUUACUGAAUCAGACUUUCGCCCAGGACGGCCAGCAGCAGGUGCUGAGCAUGAACCGAAAUGCAGUGGGGAAGCACUUUGAACUGAUGGUAGGUGACACCCGAACCAGCGGGAAGGAAGUAGUGAAAAAGUUCCUCUCGGAGUCAGUGCUGAGCUCGGAGCCCCGGGUGCACUUCCCAUCAGACAAGAUCGUGCGCUACAGACAGCUGUUUGCAUCUACCGAGCACAAUCGAGUGGAAGAGCUGUAUGAUUCGCUCUUACAAGCAGUUGCCUUUUUUGAAUUGGUAGUUUUUGACGCCGAACCUUAAAAUAUUCUGAAGUUAACGUAUUAUUACCUGGUUUAUUGUCGUAUUACCUCACUUUUUACCUGUGAGCCCUGCAAUGAAGAACCCCGGCCAGGGAUGAGGCUCAGAAAUGGAGCACGUGUAUUUCAUGCGUCAGGCUCCAGGAUCAAUCCCUGGCACUGCUGAGGUGAAACAGUCAGAGAGCCAAGUUCUGAGCAUCCAUGUGAGUGGAGAAAACGUGCCAAAGUGGUUUCUUUGAUUUUUGGGUCACACCUGGUGAUGCCCAGGGAUUACUCCUGGCUCUGCACUCAGGAAUCACUCUUGACAGUUUGGGGGACCAUCUGGGAUGCCAGGUGUCAAACCAGGUCAGCCAAAUGCAAGGACAAUGCCCUAUCCACUGUACUAUUGCUCUGGCCCCACUGAAGUGUUUUUAAAUGCUUUAAGUCAGACUUUCAGCUGCUGACAGUGGGUAGGGUUGCAUAAGGCCAACCUGGGAUCAAUCCCUACAUCCCAUAUGGUUCCCGGAGCACCGCUAGGGGUGAUUCUUGAGUGCAGAGCCAGGACUAAGCCCUUAGAGUACCGCCGGGUGUGAACCAAAACAAACAAAAAGAAUAAAGUGAAAUAUAAUUAAAACUCA